AUGCUUCCAUACAACCAGAAAAUAAGGAGUAAAAGGUUCUUAUAGGUCUGCGAGCUAGCAAGCCGGGCUGCAGGUAUGCAUACCCGCCCCCGCAAUCUCUGACGUAAGUGGACUGGAAAGGACUGCAAUACAUAAAAGUCUCCUGUUCAAAUAUACUUAUAAACCCACCGUGGUUUAUAUUACUACCAUUACAUCUAUGUGCUAAGAUGACAACCGAGAGAUCCAACUUGACAACGAGGAUCCUGCCCCAGAUAACUUUGGGGGACGGAUCCCCGGGCUCGCUAACAGCCCCGCCGCCACCUCUAUCCCAAAUCCCGGCGACAUCUCGGGCUGAGGAGCGGUUCCGUGUAACCGGAAACGCCGUCGUGACGGGCGGGGCCGGCGAUCUCGGCUUCGCGACGAGUCGAGCUCUUCUCGAGCAUGGCGUGGAAGGGCUCAUGAUAUUCGACAUGAACCCGACGGAAGCGCAAGCCAAGAUUGACCUGCUGAGCUCUGAAUUUCCCGAUGCCAAAGUUCGGUUCUUAAAAGUUGACAUCACGGACGAGGUUGGUGUAGAUGCAGCCGUUAGUGAAACUAUCAAGCAAUUCGGAAGCAUCGGUGCCCUGGUGAAUUUGGCUGGGAUGGUAGCCUGUGGGCAUGCUCUGGAUUGGUCGGCAGAGGACUGGAAUAGAGUAGUAAACGUUAAUACAAUUGGUGGAUUCCUUGUUGCUCGCGCAGUUGCUCGGAGCAUGAUAGAACGCGGAAUUGGUGGAAAUAUGACAUUUAUAGCGAGUGUAUCAGCACAUAGUGUCAAUUUUCCUCAGCCGCAAGUGUCUUAUAACGUCUCAAAAGCUGGAGUGGUGGCUAUGGUAAAGUCUUUGGCUGGGGAAUGGGCAAGAUAUGGUAUCCGAGUAAACAGUAUUUCUCCAGGAUAUAUGGAUACCAUCUUGAAUGAAGGGGAAGGCCUAGACGAGGCAAGAAAGCUGUGGCUUAGUCGGAAUCCAUUGGGAAGGAUGGGCCAACCCGAUGAACUGACCGGGGCUGUUGUGAUGCUCGCAAGCCGCGCGGGAACCUACUUCAACGGCUCAGAUCUGCUGAUGGACGGGGGCCAGACGCUCUUCAUGUAAUGACUGUUGCCGGUCAUCCGUUCAAGUGUG